GAGGAAGGCGAACUCGAGGCAAAAAUGGCAGAAGAUAUCCGCACUAAAAUAGAAAAUUUCAAAACCGCUCCAUUUGAUGCUCGGUUCCCCAAUCAGAAUCAGACCAAACACUGCUACACCAAUUACCUGGAUUAUCAUCGCUGCUUGAAGGCUAAGGAUAGCAAAGGACAAGAUCCGUAUCCCUGUGAAUGGUACCGUCGUGUAUACAGAUCAAUGUGCCCCCUGAAAUGGGUUGAAAAGUGGGAUGAACAGAGAGAGAGUGGCACAUUCCCAGGCAAAAUCUAAGCCAUGGACUGGCUUUCUCUGCUUGGUACAGGAGUAUCAUCAAUGCUUGAACGUGUCAGUGCUUAAUACAAUGAUAAUAUUUGCAUCUGUCAUUGAGUGAAGGGCAAGUAAUACAAUUCCUUUAUAUGUUAAUUAAAUCCUCCAUAAACAAA